AUGGAAUUAAACGAGUACAAAUAUACUUACCUGGCUGUUGACCCUGGCACUGUUGUCAGUAUUAACAGGACUGAGACAUCAGAGUCAAAAUGUACGGUGUGUGUUGGAGGGGACGACAAGAGUUUUUGCCAGCCAGGGGCAGUCCUGAGAGACGCCGGCAGUGUCUCCGUGACAUUCACCUGCACAGAACCCUGGGAUGUCUUCAGUGUGGAAAUCAUGAAGGUUAUUGAAUGUGAAACAAAGCCCUGCAGGCAUGCCGUCAUGCCAAUGGAUUCCCUCUCUGUCUUUAACCGGACGUUCCACUGGUGUCUGAGGGCCCCUGUCAGGAUGACGUUCCACGUGGAUUUCAGCAAGAAGGGCCUGACACAGAUUCCCCCCUCAGACACUUGUCCUAAUGACCACACAUACAAACUCGUCGCUGUGGAGACAACGAAGAACGUCCACCUUGGGUCGUUUUGUGCGAUAGGCACAAUCAACCGGGUCCAAAUCCUGAAUGGUGGAAAGGUGCUCCUUACGGUGCCUGGCAGGAAGAAGCUGGAGCCCCAAGCUUUUGAUGUGUUUUGGGGAGAAGACAUCAAAUCACUCGCCGUUGUCAGUGUAGACCUGCCGAAGGGGCAGUCAACGCAGGAGUUCUUCUCCCCAAACUAUCCGUCGAGUUUCCCAGACGACGACCUCAUGACGUGGAAUUUUAGCGUGCCCCAUAACCACGAAACCAAGGUGAAGUUUCUGCGCCACUCGGAGCCGCGGUGUUGGAAUAAUGAGCCCGCCGUGGAGUACGAGUACCAGCACAAGGAAGGUGUCAACACGAUGGUGAAGAGGCUGUCGGACACACAGCCAACGGUGAAUGAGGGUCCCUUCAAGCUCUCGCUGCGGAACUGCGAGAUGGACGUGGUAAACACGCGGGCGGAAGCGCUAGGUCUGUCGCUGCACUUCAGUGUCUCCUCCAUCAGGAGGGGCAGCAAAGGAAUCAACCUUCCCGUCAUCCCGAGUGUGAUGGGAGCUCUGCUCCUGGGGAUGUUCAUCGCUUUAGUGGCAGUCUAUGUUGUGAUCAGGAAGAAGAAGAAGCAGAUGGCCCACCAGGUGUCCAUCUACAACCCCAACGGCCACAGCUUCCUGCCAGGUCUUGAUGGGAUGCCCAAAACCAUUGAGGAUGACGACUCGCACAUCUACGACUCCAUCGAUGACACACUGGUGUACAGCCACCUUCUAUGUGAUGAACUGGAGAUGGACCAGUGGGAGGCACCUGCCGUGGAUACCCACCAGCCCUUCAAUGGGCCCACCGAAACCAACCCCCUCAAAGACACCGACCCCCUUAAGGAGCCCAGCGGGGAGGGGGAGGGGAAGGGGGAGGGGGAGGUGGGAGAGUACAGGCCAUCCACACCCCCCACUGAGUCCGCACCGCCAGCUUCCGAAACAGACGCCUCUCUGGUGGACACAAACUCUCCCACAGAUCUGAGACUGGUGGAGAAUGACCUUUACUCGGUGGGCAGAGAUGGGGAGCGCUCUCCUACACCCCUCACUCCAUGCUCAGAGGCCCUGCAGGCCCCACUGUUUAGAAGAAGCUGACUGGGGGACUGAGAGCGAGACUGAGAGUGUGGGGAUGAAACAGGGCCUCUGCUCUCUCUUCGCUGGGUUAAUGUCACAGCGUGUUGUGUGCGCAGGAAACUUGAGAGGGCGAGCGCGCAUGUCUGGGCCUGACAGCUGAGGACUUGACCUCUUUGUGAGAUUCGACAAGUCACCGAGAUUUUUUGUUUAAUUGUUUGGCCUGGGGAGUCUUCUAGGUUUUCUAGCUUGAUAAAAAAAUGGACUGAAUCUAGGAGUUAAGCCAUAUAUUUGUAAAGCCAUUCAUUUUAAACCACCUCAAAAGCUCUGGUAAAAUUACUACACACCUCUUGGUGCACUGUUUUCUUGUAUGAUUCAUCGAAUGUGAAUGAAGUUUUAGUCUAAACUAGCGAGAAAGCUACCUACAAGCCAUGCAAAAACCUUGCAACAGUGCAGUUGGUCCUGAUAAAAGCUUGCUAGCAUGCUAACUGGUGUUUGGCGAUAUAGUGCUGUCAAAGCGUUUCUUACAUUUUUGCAUGGGGUUCUGACCCAAACCACAGAACUACAUAGUGCAUAGCCAGGACGGCCUUUGGGAACAUCAGGUGUGUUUAUCUGUCCUUCACAUGACCAUAUACCCUCAAAAUGAAUUUGAAGAUGAUGCCCAAAUUAGUUUGCUAUAACAAAAUACCUCAAGAAGUGGUAAAUUCCUGCAUGCUAUUUUGAUUUAUGUUCCGGGUCAUUCAUGAAUUAGACUCUGACCUUCACUUCUUUCCUUAAGGAAAGCAUUGAAUUCAUAGGUAGCACAUGAGGAAAUCAGAGACAAAUUCACAUUCACAGAAAAAACUGCAGCCUCACCUGUGGUGU